AUGCGAAAAAGUAACCAAGCGAUACGUUCUUUGAGCUCUUUUUCUCUAUUUACUCACAAAAAUAUAGGCUUUACCUCUUCAUUAACUCGUUCAAAAAGACUUUUCCCUUCACAAUUUAUUCCAGGGUUUACGUUACGAGUUUCAGUGUCAUCAUCUUCACCUUCUCCACCAGGUCCACCAAAAGACCCAAUACCCACACCUGAUCCAACUGAUAUAAAUCCUCCGAUUAAUAAUUUACCACCCCCUAAGAAAACUGGUUAUUCGAUAACUUUUCCUUGGCUUUACGGUAAUCAAUCGCCACGGAUAAAACAUUAUCCAUAUCCAAUAACAAAUUUUUGGACUUCUAUAAUAUCAUUAUUACCAGCAUUUUUUCAACAUGAAUUAUGUAAGUGGGCAAUGUCGAGGAUGUUAAAGAGCGCGGUAUCCGCUGAAUAUUUUCCAGAACAAUUUCUGCAAGGAGCCGCAUUUGCUGCACGACAAGUAUGUACAUCUCUUUCAACUCCAUCUGAACGCGAUGAAUUACAAGAUAUGUUGACUACUAGAUUUUAUGAUAGAAUUAUUACUGAACUUGAUAAAUUAGAAUCAGAGAAAUCUAGUAUAACCAUUGAUAUGUUAAAAAUUUAUGGAUUAAAUAUUCGUGAUGUAUGGAUGUCAAUUGGACCUAAAAAGGCAUAUUCUAACACAAAAAAAGAAUAUCGUAUAUUAAAAUGGAUGACAAUGAAAUUGGCUAUUCGUAAUACACCUUCAGAAGGUGAUUUUAAUGAAUCAAGAGCAAAAGUAGCUAAAAGCUUUAGCGAUGGAAUUAAUUUUAAAGUAGAUGUUGAAAUAGAUGCUGAUAUGCAAUACAUUCUAAAAUCGGCAAAAAAUGAGAUUUUUAUAAAUGAUCAAUCAAGAAGGUUGGUAUUAUUUCGAUUUGAGAGCCUCUAUUUUGAACCUGCUGAUCGAAUAUAUUACAAAGUAUCUUCUGAUAAUGGCGAAGAGUCAAAUUGGACUUGGCGUGUGGGAGAUAUUGAUUAUUUGUUGGAAAUUGAAGAUUUAGAAAACGAAAUGAGAGAAGAGAAAGAUUCGAAUCAUUCAGAAGAUUGA